CUUCCCGCGGAGGGACUGUCCCGUGGCAGACACGAAGGCCCAAGGAGCUGCGACCAUGGCCGACCAGGGCCUGGAAGAGUUCCGCCGGCGCUGGCAGGAGGAGCUGGCUCAGGCUCAGGCGCUGAGGAAGCGGCGACGGCCGGAGGCUGCGGAGCGGCGGCCCCGGCGGCCCGAGGUGACCCCCGGGCGAGGCGAGCAGGCCUCGGGGUACCUGGCGUUGGCCCAGGGUCUCCUUGAGGGCGCGGGGAGGCCUCCGGGGGCGCGGGCGUCCCGGGCCGAGAGGUCGGACGCCGCGAGCCGCUCCCGCUCCCCGCCGGUCCGCGAAGGCGCCGGGGGCAGCGAGCCCCUGGUGGACCAGCUCAUCCGCGACCUGAAUGAAUUGGAUGAUGUGCCCUUCUUUGAUGUUCAACUGCCUUAUGAAUUGGCAAUCAACAUAUUUCAGUAUCUGGGCCGGAAAGAACUAGGAAGAUGUGCACAGGUGAGCAAGACGUGGAAGGUGAUCGCAGAAGACGAAGUGCUGUGGUAUAGGCUGUGCCAGCAGGAAGGGCACCUUCCGGAGAGCAGCAUCUCAGAUUAUUCCUGCUGGAAGCUCGUCUUCCAAGAGUGCCGAGCCAGGGAGCACAUGUUAAGGACCAACUGGAAGAAUCGAAAGGGGGCCGUGAGUGAGCUGGAGCCUGUUCCGGAUGCAGUGUUGUGUGAUGUGCAUUCUCACGACGGCGUUGUCAUUGCUGGAUACACAUCAGGGGAUGUUAGGGUGUGGGACACCCGCACCUGGGACUACCUGGCCCCCUUCCUGGAAUCAGAGUAUGAGGAGGACGAGCCUGGAAUGCAGCCAUAUGUCUCCUUUGUGAGGAUAAACAGCUCGCUGGCGGUAGCGGCUUAUGAGGAUGGAUUUCUCAAUAUUUGGGACCUAAGGACUGGAAGGUAUCCCAUUCACCGCUUCGAGCAUGAUGCAAGAAUACAGGCGCUAGCCCUCGGCCGAAAGGAUGUCACUGUCGCCACAGCCUCUGCAUUUGGCGUUGUAAUGCUGUACCCCAAUGAGGAGGGCUACUGGCAGAUGGCAGCUGAGUUUGAAGUUCAGAAACUGGUCGACUUCUUUGAGAUAGUUCCAGAUACUGGGAGGUACCCUGUGGCAAUAGCCACUGCUGGAGAUCUGGUCUACCUGCUAAAAGCUGAAGACUCUGCCAGAACCCUCCACUAUGUCUAUGGGCAGCCUGUCACAUGUCUGGAUGUCUCUGCAAGCCAGGUUGCCUUUGGUGUCAAGAGCCUAGGAUGGGUGUACGAAGGAAACAAGAUCCUGGUGUACAGCCUGGAAGCAGAACGCUGCCUCUCGAAGCUGGGCAAUGCCCUCGGGGACUUCACGUGCGUCAACCUCAGGGAUAGCCCUCCCAACCUCAUGGUCAGCGGCAACAUGGACAGGAGGGUGAGGAUCCACGACCUCCGCAUGGAUAAGAUCGCACUGUCGCUCUCCGCCCACCAGCUUGGGGUCUCCGCGGUGCAGAUGGACGACUGGAAAAUCGUCAGCGGAGGCGAGGAAGGCCUGGUCUCCGUGUGGGAUUAUCGCAUGAACCAGAAGCUGUGGGAGGUACAUUCCAGGCACCCGGUUCGGCACAUCUCCUUUAACAGCCACAGCCUCAUCACAGCCAACGUGCCCUACGAGCGGGUGAUGCGCAACCCUGACCUGGACAACUUCACCACAUACAGGAGGCACCGGGGCCUGAUCCACGCCUACGCCUUCGCAGUGGACCAGCUGGCCUUCCAGAGCCCGCUGCCCAUGUGCCGCUCGGCCUGCGGUGCCAUGAACAGUUACGACUACAACCUCGCGCUGGCCUUUCCCUCGGACAACGCCUAAGGACCUGCCUCUGGGGAGAAAGUGGGCUGGACCAAUUUUAGGAAUUUUAAAACUCCAGAGAGCCCUGCACUGGGUGUUUUGUUGAUGGUUUGAGGGAGGGCGCACCCUGAGCCCCCCUGAGAAAGCCAGGCAUGCCUGGGCCUCGUUCGUGCUGUUCUCUCGCUCCUGUGCCUUGAGGGCCGUGCACCCCAGCUGAGGUCAGACUGAUCCCUGGCCUGGCACACGUUCCCCCAUGUGGAGCCCCUCCAAGAGCAGUGCCCACCCACAUGCCACGGAACACAGGGCCCCAUGUGCCUAUAAGUCACCUGCCAGCACAGGGUGGUAAGGGUAGACCUGCCUUCCCCAUGCACCUUUCUCCUACCCCUUAGUCUGUCCCAGCAGAACAGGACAGGGAAACACCAACCCAUGCGCAUGGGGGAGCGGCAGAGCGGAGGCACCCAUAGGUGUGGGAGCUUUACGUCCUGAGUAGGCUGGGCUCAGUGGGUGUGCAUACAUCACUGCCAACAGCAAAGCCCCGAGCGCACAGGACACUGCCAGGAAGCGAAGUGACAGGUACCUGAGAACUCCAGAACAGAGCCUGGUCAGGACGAUCGUGACCAUGCUGUGGCUGGCUCACAGAACUGAGUCCCCACUUCAGGAAACUCCGGUGAGGUCGUGGGGUCCCGGAGCAGUGAUAGUCCAGCAGAUAGAUAGAAACAGGCGUUAGGAAAUGCUUGGAGAACGGUUUCCAAGCCCAAACCAGCUUUUCAAAGAGACAAGGCACGUGGUGCUCAUAGAACACGUGCACAGGACCGCCGGGGCAAGGUCCCUCCGAGGAGGCCUGGCCUGCGGAGGGAGGGAGGACGACUUCAGUUUCCCUCCUGCAAGCAGGUGUCCCCGGCCCCUGUCGGACGCCCUCCUUCCCUAGUCUGGGGGCGGUGGGAUUUCUGGGACUUGGUUCCAGACUCAAGCUGCCUCUGUAUCCUGCAAUACAAACUAGAGCUCGAGUUUAAAAGAAAUUAGGCCCACGCCCCAAAAUUAAAAGUCGCUUCCCUCUUCUGCUGCCCACUGUCAGCAGUGGGCCCCUUGGAGCCCUGCACCCCAAGAGCUGCCACCAGCCCACAGUUCUCCCUCCUCCCCGCUGCCCGGCGGGUGGCUGCAGGUUCCCAGCGUGGGGUGGUAGAAGCCUCUGCCAGCCCAGCUCCCCUCAGAUAUGUGCCUGGGACCACCCCAAGGCUGCAGCAUCUUCUCCCCAACAUCCCGGGACCUGCUUUCUACCUUGUGCAUAUGUGUUGGUAUUAAACUUUUGGAACUUA